AUGGGUGCAGUGGAGCGACUGGUGCUAUCACCCUGGGAAAAGUGGACUGCACACGGCCGAUUCCCGUACAAGUUGACGCUGCACGUAGCGCUGGUUUUGCUCACCUUUGCCCAGAUGCAGCUCUACGACGCGCAGAAUGCCGCCUACAUGCGCGCUUCACAUCGAAAUUGGGCAUUCUUCUUUCUGCCUCCUGCUGCAGACAUUGGUGUCGUCAGACCACGCUUCCAGCGGGAUUUCUACACAAUCAAUCGCACGAUGACGGCGGUUCACUACCUACGUGACGCCUACUUCUCUAUCGGCAACGACUCUGUUGCCAACUACGAGUACUUACGCACUUCUUCUGGCGACAUCCAACCGCUUAAGCUAACGGUCGAUCGAGUUCUACCACAGGGCGAUUUAGAAACGCGACAAUAUCUUGUCUCUCAAGAUGAAGAAAGUGUGGGGCCCUUCAACCCAAAGAUGUCGUUGUGGCAGAAAAAACAUUUGUUUCGAUCGUUACGCGCCCUCAAGUUUUCGUUCCCACUGCGUGACCAUCAGUUCGGAAAUUUCUAUGAAGAAUGUUUCGAAUGGCAAGUGAAUGUCAGGUUCGAAGUCAUUGAAAGCGCUCAGAUUCAUGCACAACUGGAGGACUGCGAAGUUUCACGCUGUGCUAGCACGCACCCACGUCCGUUCUGGGCUACAGCCAAGCAGAGUUUUGUGUGGCUGCACGUGGUUAUUGUAGUCGUUUCAAUCUUGUACAUGAUGCUCAGCCUCAAGGCCCUGCGGCGAUCAUUCCAGGUUGUGGCUCGAGCCAGGGGAUCUUGGGGUGAGAUCCCAUUAUCGCUCAAGCUUAAACUCCUGAACGGCUUACAAGUGAUUGUAUUUACCUCGCUGGCGCUUCUACUUGCGAGUACCAUGUGGAGCUUACUUUUUCUAGAGGCGCAUAUGCCGAUUCGAUUUUGGCAUCGAUUGUUGCAUGCGACAGCGUUGCUUUUGCUCUGGAGCUCCCUCGUGGGAUACUUGGAGCAUAACCAGCAUAUCUAUUCGAUUGUGCUUACGCUCAACUGGGGAACACCACGCGUGCUGCAGUUCUUAUUGGGCGUAUCCCCAAUUUUCUUUGGAUAUGCUCUUUUCGGAACGAUCUACUUUGGAAACAAAAUCGAAGAGUUCGGAACACUGAGUGCUUCGAUGAUUACUCUGUUCUCGCUCAUGAAUGGAGAUAUUAUCAUGGACACUUUUGACGCAAUGGAGCUUCACCAGUUUACCGUAUCCGGGAAGGUGUUCCUGUACUCGUUUAUCUCGCUCUUCAUGUAUGUGGUCCUGAACAUCUUUAUUGCCAUCGUCGAGGAGGCCUUCUUCGCGACACAAUCGACUCGUCGUCGCCUUAGUAACUUGCUGUCAGACCCUAGCAUAUCCGGUAUCAACGUUACCAAGGGAUCUGACAUCUCUGCAGAAAUGUUGCGAUCCUUACUUCAGCUAAUGGACUCUGAAUGA